AUGGCGGGCUACUUUCUGGUGCUUUUCCUUGUCCUCUUACCUCAACAGACAGAGCAGUCAGUAUUUCUUUCAGCCUCAAAAGCAAACGAAGUUCUCAUGAGAUGGAAGCGUGCUAGCUCAUAUCUUUUAGAAGAGCUCUUUGAGGGAAAUUUGGAAAAAGAAUGUUAUGAAGAAAUCUGUGUUUACGAAGAAGCAAGAGAAGUAUUUGAAAACGACCUUAUCACUAAUAAAUUUUGGAAAUGGUAUAUGGGUGGCACCCAGUGUGUCUCCCAGCCCUGCCUGAACAACGGGUCGUGUCAUGAUAAUAUCCGCAGUUACACCUGCAACUGCUCCCAUGGUUAUGAGGGGAGGAACUGCGCCUACGCUACAAAUGAAUGCCACCCAGAGCGGUCUGAUGGAUGCCAACACUUUUGCCAUCCAGGGCAGAGAUCUUACAUAUGCAGCUGUGCUCAAGGAUACAAAGUUGGUGCAGAUGAUAAGUCAUGCAUUCCAAGUGAGAAGUGUGCAUGUGGAAUCCUGAAUUCUAAAUGCAGCACAACACUGACGAAAGACAACAAGAAUCUUCAACAUUUCCCGUGGCAGGUAAAAUUAACCAACUCCCAGGGAGAGGACUUCUGUGGUGGUGUUCUAAUCCAAGACACGUUUGUGUUAACGACAGCAAAAUGUUCACUCGUGCACAGAAAUAUCAGUGUGACAAUAAAUUUUAACAGAACGAGUAACAACCCACUGACAAUUAAGGUCAAGAAGAUUUCUGUGCACAUGAGGUACAGUGAAGACACUGGGGAAAAUAAUGUGUCCCUGUUAGAGCUGGAGGAACCCGUCCAGUGCCCCAGCAUGGGGCUUCCCAUCUGUGUGCCUGAAAACGACUUUGCCGAACACAUUCUCAUCCCCAGGAAAGUGGGCCUCGUCAGCGGCUGGACAGUCAACGGGACUGAGCUGGUUGGCUCACUAAUGAAGCUGCCGGUUGAACAUCUGGGUGGUGACGAGUGUGGAGAAGCACUUAAUGUGACCGUCACCACCAGGAUGUACUGUGAGAGGAGUGAACUGGCAGCAAGGCAAUGGGCAGAGGGAAGCAUUGUCACCAGAGAACACCAAGGUGCCUGGUUUUUGACGGGGCUGAUGUACUCGGCCCCUGCGGAAGAGUAUGAACGGGUGUUUCUCUUCACCAAGAUCUCCAGAUACUUACUUUGGUUUCGACAAAUAAUGAAUCAUUAA